GGGAGAUCUGUCAGAUUGAACUAAACCAGAAGCCAACAUCGCUUGACUGAAAGGAGCGCCCAUCGAGUAGUAGCGGCUUUUUUGCAAGACAAUCCAUCGUGGCGUUGAAGUUGAUGCAAGGAAAAAAAGAAUAUAUAAUCAAAUCCGUGCGGAAUACUUUAGGCAAAAAACUUUUAUUGGACCCGCGCAUGGUCAGCACGUCAUUGAUCGCGCUUGCCAAAUCUUUCCUUUUAUCUCGCAAACCUGAAAAAACGAGACACGUAAGAUAAUCACUGUCGUUCAAAAGAGACUGACUGUCCACCGCUGGAAAAUUAAAGAUUUUUUUAAAUGACCGUCGUUCUAUUCUUAACCAGUUCAAUACCAAAUAUAGUCAUUGUGUUAAUAUGAAAUGUCCUUGAACGGUGCGUAAGGAUUGUGGUAAGGUUGCCAAAGUUUAUAAUUAAAAACGCUGAGAUGAUAUUUAGUAAUUGAAUCACUUGCACGUGACAAAUGUUAUGUUUGAUCAUACAACCCACGAGCACUAAUUUAGAGUUUAGAGCACUAAUUUAGAGUUUAGAGUAUAACUCUGUUUUCUCAAGUUUGCAAGGCUCGUGUCUCCAGAUUGUAUUACCCCUGCAGUGCACGCCGAUGUAAUAGUAGGCUACAUCUCGGCGGUUUUGUUUAAAUGACUGACAACCGAAGCCGUUUUUAAAUCUCUGAUUUCUACGCCUUUUUUAAGCAAAUUUGCACAUACCUCGAUCUGUGUACACCAUAGAUUUAGCCGCUGGUCCUAUAGAAAACGUUUUUAUAUAAUUGUCCAUUAUAUUUAUAACGUGGAGCCUAAAAAUCUGAUUUUCCUAAAUGACUUCCUACAAUCGUGCAUAUUCAUCCUUAGUACGGGUUUUAUUAGCCACGCUUGUUUUGGUGCUCGGUUUGGCAGCGCGAUGCGUCGGGCAGGCCAUGCCUUCCGAGGAGAGCUCUCAAGCGGCCCCGGCAUCAGUCAGUCUCCGGUCCCUGGUCACGGGGACCUGCGAAGAUGUCCACAGAUACGUGGAAUCCGUGGUGGGAACCAAUGUGAUCGAGUCGACUGCUGAGGUGAUGUUUGGAAAUGAAAGGCCUACUUUAUAGUCGUUAUUUUAGUAAAUCUAAUCAGCAUCUAAUCCUGUUUCCUGUUAUUCUAGCGUGUUCAUUCAUCAAUUAACUAUACUUAAUUCAUAUAUUCUGUCUUAUUUCUAAGGGUGACCUUUGCUACCUUUAAAAGCAUUGCAUAAUUGUGGUUUUAUCUGUCGACUAAAAUGGUCCUUCUCAAAUAUGACUGUAUUCCUCUCUGCAUCACCUCCUUCAUUCAUUCAUUCAUUCAUUCAUUCAUUCAUUCACCCCCUUUUUCCUUCCCCGUCCCCCUUCUCAGCAUCUCCCCCUCUACCCUUGCCCCACUACCUGAUAAUCUCUCCUCUGACCCCCCCCCCCCCCCCCCCCCCCCCCCCACUCUGCCCUAAUUUCAUGUCUGCUUAUAUCCAUGCACCCCCUCCCCUGCUGCCACUACUCUGUGCGCCCGGCGCCCCUACCCCAGAGUGUGCUGUUGUAUCUAGAGUCAGUGCUUGGUCAAGACAACGUCUAUUCCGUGGUCAUGGUAAGAAACCACCAGGUUCCUCACCUGAAUAACCUCUGCUCUGACAUGGACCCAAAACAAAGCUCCUUAUAGCAAUGUAUACAGGGCACGUGUCAGUCACUUCAUACAGCGUGUCAUACAGACAAUGACUACAUCACUCUGGAAUUGUAGGCUACAUCAUGGCAGUUGUGUAUAUGGUUUGAUGUGUUUUGUAACAGUAUAUAGUCUACAUUCAUAGCCUAUUCAUGCCCAUGUUUUAGAUUGUCAGAGGGCCUUUUUAAAAGUUUCAUGCAGACACAUUACAAGCUGCAGGAGAUGGAAAGUUGUCUGUCCUGCUCUGACCCAGAGGAGGCUGGUGGGAGGAGCUAUAUUUGUCUGUGUCCUGCUCUGACCCAGAGGAGGCUGGUGGGAGGAGCUAUAUUUGUCUGUGUCCUGCUCUGACCCAGAGGAGGCUGGUGGGAGGAGCUAUAUUUGUCUGUGUCUUGCUCUGACCCAGAGGAGGCUGGUGGGAGGAGCUAUAGCAGGACGGGCUCAUUGCAAUGGCUGGAAUGAAUGGAACGGUAUCAAACGCAUCAAAUAUAAGCCAUUACAAUGAGCCCAUCCUCCUUUCGCUCCGCCCACCAGCCUCCUCUGUUUGACACACAGAACCGUGCUGCUUGUGUAGUAGCAACAGGUGCAGAGUAGUCUGUGUCCUACUACUAUGACUACCAUUGACCUCAGCUAAGCAGUCUGGGGGGUUGUCGGUCCAGCUGUCAAGUCUUUUUUGACGUGAUAGGACAGCUUCGAUCUUACACACACGUCCUACAGCAUCAACAACACCCCCAUUAUGCCAGCUGGGAUAGACACUUGUGCAUAGGACUGCACUUGUAUAGUAACUGACUGGCUAUUGUUUAACUGACUAACUGAAGGCCUGUGUGUGAUCAAAGGCAACCUGUAGAUAUGAUUGUGGGAUAAAACAUACCUGAAACCCACAAAAAGAUCUUGGUCAGCAUUGAGUGAGACGAUUGAAUCAGUGACCAACCUAUUUAUACUGAUUGACCACAGCUGUUGCUAUCAUUCUAAUUUAAUGGUAUCACUUUUCAGUCGUGCUGCACUAACCCCCACUAGAGGAUCAUGGUAAGAAAUGAAUGUUACUGUACAUAAGCUCUAGGCGGGGGAAAUGUGGUGACUUUGUUGGUCAUUUUAAAGGGAAUGUCUGCUCUACUCUAGAAAGGGAAUAUAAUAUUGUUUAACCAGAGUAACAGUUAUAAUUCUCUCGUCAUGGUACAAAUAUGUCAACACAUGUCAAACAUUCUUCUCACUCUCUCUCUGUCUCUCCCUCAGUUCUUUGAGAUGUUGAGCCGGUUUCUGGCUGAGGGAGCUGCCAGCGGACUGAAUAUCAUCGUUGUUUAUGUCACAGAUAUCCUCAGAGUCACAGGAGUUGAUGGUGGGUGACAGAGUUUGUGUUUAGUUGGAGGGAGGGAGAGAGAGAGAAUCAUUUUUGCAUAGAAUCGAUUUUCUGGAUUUAAAGAGCUAAAAUUGUCAUGUAUUGCCACCACACCACACCACUGGCAACCAGAAAAUGUUCACUUUCAGGGCGUCGGACCAGUAUCUGUAGUUAAUUAAAUGUUGUGUGCCAGGGAUUUUUUUUUUUGGCCUUGUCUGAGAAGAGCUGCUUCUCCCUCUCUGUAUGGGAACUGGGAGGUGUGAGUUCUUCCUUUUGUGUCUGUGACUUGUUCUCUGUAGUAGGAUCUAACAGCACAUGCCAUUCGGUCUCAAUGAUUGCUCCUCAAAUUCACUCACGCCUUAAAAUAUAUGCACUGACAAGUUCAAGAGUGAAGAUGGUGACAACAAAAUCAUUGAAUUACCCCCAGCAAUAUUCAAACACGCUUACCCCCCCUCAUCUCCCUCCCCUCCCCCUUCUCUCCCUCCCCUCCCCCUUCUCUCCCCUUCCCCUUCUCUCCCCUCCCAUCCCUCUCCCUUUUCUUCCCUCCCAUCUCUCCCCUCCCAUCCCUCCCCCUUUCCUUCCCUCCCCUCCCUCCCUCCCUCCCCCUUCUCUCCCCCCCCUCUCCCUCUCCCCCCCUCAUCUCUCUUCCCUCGUUCUCUCCAGUCCACCUGCCAUUCCCUCACUUCACCGCAGAGGGCGUGGCCUCGGUUGGUCAGUGGGCUCUGCUGGCUCUGAUUGGCUAUUGGGUGCUGUCCAUCGUCUUGCGCCUGUUGGUGGGCGUGGUGAGGAGGGUGUUCUGGAUGCUGAAGAUGGGCACGGCGCUGUGGCUCUUCGGCCUGAUCGUCAGCGAUGCCAAGGCUGGUUCAGACACCACAGCCAUCCGGCUAGCAAGCCUGGUGCUGGGGUGUGCCCUGCUGGGGCUGGCCGGCUCUGGAUCAGAAAAGACAGUCCAAGUGGAAGACCGCAUGAGCAUCCUGGAGGGAAGGGUGAAGGUGGUGGAGAGGAGGAAGGGAGAGGAGUGAUGAAAGGAGAGAGGGGGAGGAUAGUUGGAAAGAAACGGAUGGUGGUGGUGAUGAUGGUGGUCUGUAUGUGUGUCAGUUUCUCAAAUGAAAUAAAGCAACCUCCAGGAUUUCUUUGAUUGAAAAUGCUUGUACAAAAGUGGCUUCUCAAUUCUUAUCCCGUUAGGUGUUUGUGUCUGUUACAUGUAAUAACAUCUGACAUCUGUGAUACAUGGCGAAUACAGGGAUAAAAAAAAACAAGGAAAUGGACAAGUAUUGAAGUGGUUUAAUUACACUGAACUAAAAUAUAAAUGCAACAUGCAACAAUUGCAUUUUUUCCUGCGUUACAGUUCAUAUAAGGAAAUCAGUCAAUUGAAAGAAAGUCAUUAGGCCCUAAUCUAUGGAUUUCACAUGACU